UAAAUAAAAAUACUAAACUAGAAGAAUGUCAGUUUGGUUAUCCUAAAGAAUUACAUGAUUCUACUAUUAUUCAAUUUAAUAAGCACAACAACCCAAAGUUAUUAUUACAUUGCAAUGAUCUAUUACUUAAUCCAUAUUGUCAUAUUCAGCUUCAAGGUUGGAGGGCUAAUGUUGAUAAAAAACCUAUUAUUUCCCUUCAUGCUGCUCUUUCUUAUAUUGCAAAGUAUGUAGCAAAGUCAGAACCAAGAUUAGCUGCAUUUAACGAAAUGUUUACUACUGGCAUUUAUAAUGCAAAGUUUGAUAAACCUGCACUUAAAUCUAUUCAAUGA